UCAAUGCCUUACACUGGAGCUGCUGCUGUGCGGAUCCUAUCCAAAUCCAACUGGACCAACCAUCUCCACCUAACUAGACCUGGCUUCGAGUCAGACCCUGACUCUGACUGGAGUAAUCUGAAUCUUACCAGCAUCAGCGUGCCUCGUAUCCGAAGGAGGCGAGCCAUCUCCUCCAGAGAAAUGAAUUCCUUGUUGGAUUAUCACAACCGUGUCCGCUCCCAGGUCUUCCCUCAGGCUGCCAAUAUGGAGAUCAUGGUGUGGGAUGAGCAACUGGCUAAAUCAGCAGAUUCCUGGGCUUCCCGCUGCAUAUGGGAUCAUGGACCCUCACAGACCAUGAGAUAUAUGGGCCAAAACCUGUCCAUCAACUCUGGCAGAUACUGGUCAAUCAUUGAGCUGGUGAGGUCCUGGCAAGAUGAGAAAAACUCCUUCUCCUAUCCCAACACAUGCAGUGGACCAGUUUGUUCCCACUAUACACAGAUGGUCUGGGCCAAUACCAAUAAGAUGGGAUGUGCCAUCAACAAAUGCUCAAACAUGAAUGUGUACGGGAGCUCUUGGAGGACAGCAGUGUUCCUGGUUUGCAACUACUCUAUCAAAGGGAACUGGGUUGGAGAGGCUCCCUAUAAGAAUGGCAAACCGUGCUCUGCCUGUCCAUCAAAAUAUGGAGGUUCAUGUAACAGAAACCAGUGUUCCUUCAGUGGUUCAAAAGCCAAAGCCAAGAAAAGAAAAAAGUAUUAGAAAUACAUCAGUCAUACUUUCCCUGUUAUAAUGGAAGACUUUUAAGAGUUCAUUGUUUCUGGUCAAUUAUUCCAUUCCAUUCAUCUCAGCAACAAACAACUGCAAGAGAGGGUAAGUGUGAAAGGUGAAGGAUUUCUAAACAUAAAAAACGAAUCAAAGCACAAGACCUGCUUUUUUCAGCGAUUCAAUUAUAGUACCACUAUUUUUGUGUUUAUCAUAAACUAAUGUUUGAUCCAUCCACUGGAUGUUAGGGAAAUAAUGUUUUUCCCCCUCGGUCAUGAUGUUGUGAACUUAAAUCUAUGUAAACUCUUGGGUUGCAAAGCUCCAUUUUCUCGCCAUGACACAGAAAGAACCCA